GUGGCUUUAGGCGCUCGCAGCGCCGAGGUUCCGCGCAGGCGCGGGAGACGGGCGGCACGCGGCUGGAAGGCGGGUCUGUUCGGCGGGGUGGGGGAGGGGAUCCGGCUUAGCGGGGCUGCGGUGGGCGCCACUUCUUAGUGUCAGGGGGCUUUGCGGCGCUCACCUCGGCUCCUGGGGCUCGGGGUGGUACGUGGCGGCCGUCUUCGCACCGGGCCGGCCGGCAGUUCAGAGGCGGUGGGGCGCCGCGGAGGGGAAACGUUCGCGGGCACGUCGGAACCCGUGAGGCCGCGUCGCGCGGAGCACACUGGGACUUGUAGUUCUCGGGAUGGAGCGAGCGGUGCCUCUCGCCGUGCCGCUGGGCCAGGCAGAGGUGUUUCAGGCCCUGCAGCGGCUGCACAUGACCAUCUUCUCCCAGAGCGUCUCACCCUGUGGGAAGUUCCUGGCGGCUGGCAACAAUUAUGGACAGAUCGCCAUCUUCAGCUUGUCUGCUGCUUUGAGCUCGGAAGCCAAAGAGGAAAGUAAGAAGCCCGUGGUGACCUUCCAAGCCCAUGAUGGGCCUGUCUACAGCAUGAUCUCCACCGAUCGACAUCUGCUCAGUGCUGGGGAUGGGGAGGUGAAGGCCUGGCUUUGGGUGGAGGUCCUCAAGAAGGGCUGUAAGGAACUGUGGCAUCGCCAGCCCCCGUACAGGACCAGCCUGGAAGUGCCUGAGAUCAAUGCUUUGCUGCUGGUCCCCAAGGAGAAUUCCCUCAUCCUGGCUGGGGGAGACUGUCAGUUGCACACUAUGGACCUUGAAACCGGGACUUUCACACGGGCCCUCCGGGGCCACACAGACUACAUCCAUUGCCUGGCACUGCGCGAACGGAGCCCGGAGGUGCUGUCAGGUGGCGAGGACGGGGCUGUGCGACUCUGGGACCUCCGCGUGGCCAAGGAGGUCCAGACGAUCGAGGUCUAUAAGCACGAGGAGUGCUCGAGGCCCCACAAUGGGCGCUGGAUUGGAUGCUUAGCAACUGACUCAGACUGGAUGGUCUGUGGAGGCGGCCCAGCCCUCACUCUCUGGCAUCUCCGAUCCUCCACACCCACCACCAUCUUCCCCAUGCGGGCACCACAGAAGCACGUCACCUUCUAUCAGGACCUGAUUCUGUCAGCUGGCCAGGGCCGCUGUGUCAACCAGUGGCAGCUGAGUGGGGAGCUCAAGGCCCAGGUGCCUGGCUCCUCCCCGGGGCUGCUCAGCCUCAGCCUCAACCAGCAGCCAGCAGCACCGGAGUGCAAGGUCCUGACAGCUGCAGGCAACAGCUGCCGUGUGGAUGUCUUCACCAACCUGGGCUACCGAGCCUUCUCCCUGUCCUUCUGACCUCUGAUGACACCCCCUAUCCCCAGGGUUUUAGAGUGUUUUUUUCAUUUUUUAUAAUAAAGUUUCAGGCUUUUCUUCCAUG